UUGACCAAACCACAAUUUACCUAAAAUAACUUCUUUCGCCAAAAGCAUACUUUUUAUCUGAAGCGUGGCUUCUUAUCUUUGCCUUCUUAUAAGACAACAGUUGGGCAAAAUUCGUUUAGUCGGCUUGUGCCUGUGAGACGGACAACGUCAACUUUCCCAGUCUUGCUUCGUGGACACAUUUUCUCAAAAUUAGUAGUAAGACUCUUGACGAAAUGUCUGCUAACAAAAAGAAAAAUACUGGUCCAUCGAUACGGAAGGAUGAAACGUCUGAGGAGGAGACUGACGACACCGGAUCUGAAGAGGAAGAUGAGCACGAGUUCAACAAGAAAGAGUUCAAAACAAAGGGCGACUUUCUCCUCUCUCUACAAAGUGUUACAAGGGAACAGUUCCUGGACAAAAAAAGUUUUGCCCGAGUCAUCGAAGAAGGUCAAAGUCGAAUCCGAAGUCGACGAGAGCGAAAGCAUUUGACGAUUGAAAUGUUUAAGUGGAAGGACAACACCUUGAAAUACAGACAAAGCGGCCGGUGGACUACACUGGAAUAUGUUAAUACUAAAAGAAAACAUAAUAUCAAAGAUUCGACGAAAAGACGAAACCAACGAGAAGAAGAAGGUGCACGGAAGCACCAAACUUAUAUCUGCAUCACUUUGAAAUAAGAAAAACGAUAAGAUUGAGGGUUACGUUAUAUUUUUAAUUAACUUUUAAAUGAAUGUCAAAAUGGUUUACUCGCCGGUAUUGUAUGAAUAAAAUAUAUAGUUUUUGCUUAAUAUUACUAUAUUCAACAGGA